AUGUUGAGGGAAGAGUCUGGGGCCUUUGCCACAGAAGAUGAUGAUAUUGAAUGUGCUGCACAAUUGAAAUUGGAGAUCAACUUGAGGAAUGACAACCCAGUUCAAAAACACACAAUUCAAUUCCCAAGCCCUUGUAGGAAGAGGGGAGUACUUAGACGUUUGCAGGAGUAUGGUAUCAAAUUGAAGCCAAAGAAAUGUGAGCUGUUUAAGCCUUGUGUUGGUUACUUGGGUAGAAUAGUGUCAGCAGAUGGCUUCACAAUGGACCCAGCCAACAUUGCAGCUGUGGCAGCCCUUAAGGAAACUACACCAAGAACUGUGGGUGCAUUGUGCAAACUCCUGGGUUUCAUAACCUAUUUCCGCCGACAUAUUUGUGACUACUCCAGAUUGGCCAAACCCCUUUAUGAAUUGCAAUCAGCCAAAGAAUGUGGUGACCAGUCCAACAAAGGCAAAGGAGGAAAGGAGCAUCCCAAGGGGAAGUCACCGGCAUCGAAAGGACAACUGUCAUCAAAUAACAAAAUCGCAUGGAAUGAAGGCCACUUAGAAUGA